UGGGAAGCGCUUCACACUGCUUUGCGACGACAAGGGAAAACUUUCUUCUUGUUGGAUGGCACAACGCAUGAAUGAUAUGAGUGGCAUUGACAUCAAGGUAGUACAAGCUGAAUCCAGAGGCAGAGCGUUAUGCUGAUUCGUGCCUGUGUAUGUAAGAAUGAGCGUUUCAGUGGGAGAAGGCACAGCUAACUACAAUGAUAGGAGCCAUGUAUUACAAAUCUAUCCCAGAGUAUCCCAGGAAACAGCACCAUGCUGCACCCUCAGGGUUCCUGCAGGAGAAACAGUGGCUACUGUCAUCCAGAAUGCAGGAGCCACGCUUGGCUUGGACAUGUCUAAGAACUAUACCUUGGUGGAGGUGAGAGAAUGUGGAGGAGAGGAGUGGGUCCUACAGGCCAAUGAUCUGCCUGUUCACAGAGUCCUCCAGUGGCCCAAGAAGGCUCAAGAUCUGCACCCACAAAGCGAAGGAUAUUUCUUCGCGCUGCAGGAGGACAACAUCGAAGGGUCCAUUGAUUAUGACCGACUGGUAGCAAUGUGUCAGGAGAGAGAAGCUCAGGGCCUGGUAGAUCGUGGUUUUCUGGCACCACAGAAUAAGGACUGCAGUGAUCUUUGUAACCUUCCGGUUCUGACUGAGGAGAGCAUUCUGGAUACGUUACGUUACCGAUUCCACAAGCACAAGAUCUACACCUUUGCGGGUAAUAUUCUCAUCACCGUCAACCCCUUUAAAUUCCUGCCCAUCUACAAUCCCAAAUACGUGAAGAUGUACAACAACCACACGCUGGGGAAGCUGGAACCUCAUAUCUUUGCCAUCGCGGAUGCUGCGUUCCACACCAUGCUGAAUAAACAUGUCAACCAGUGCAUUGUGAUUUCUGGAGAGAGUGGCUCAGGAAAGACACAGAGCACAAACUUCCUCAUCCACUGCUUGACCGCACUCAGCCAAAAAAGUUACACCAGUGGGGUGGAGACAACCAUACUGGGGGCUGGUCCUGUGCUAGAGGCAUUUGGCAAUGCCAAAACAGCGUAUAAUAAUAACUCUAGCCGCUUUGGGAAAUUUAUCCAAGUGAACUAUCUGGAAAGUGGCGUUGUCAGAGGAGCGGUGGUUGAGAAGUACCUGCUGGAGAAAUCUCGUUUGGUGUCCAGAGAGAAGAGUGAAAGGAAUUAUCACGUGUUUUAUUACCUGUUGGUCGGUGCAUCAGAGGAGGAACAAGCUGAGUUCAAGCUCUUGCAGCCAGAGGACUACCACUACCUCAGAGAGGUGCGAAACUGCAUCUACACACUGAGAAACAGUCAUCACGCAAUCAGUCAAGGUUUCAACUCGGUAGAAAACUUUCAUUUAGUAGACGAGGAGGAAAUUAAGCAUGAGUUUAAGAGGCUUCAUCAGGCUAUGGAAAUGGUUGGUUUCCUACCUGCAACCAAGAAGCAAAUAUUUUCAGUGCUGUCUGCCAUUUUGUACCUGGGUAAUGUGACAUACAAGUUAAAAGAGGAUGGAGAGGGAGUGGAGGUGGGACCUGCAGAUGUGCUCUCAACUCUCUCUGACCUCCUCAAGGUCAAAGAGGAGCUGCUUGUGGAGGCACUGACCAAGCGGAGAGCAAUGACAGCCAAUGACACGCUGAUUCUGCCCUACAGCCUCAAUGAGGCCAUCACAGCCCGUGACUCCAUGGCCAAGUCUUUGUAUAGUGCACUGUUCGACUGGAUCGUCCUGCGAAUCAAUCAUGCGUUACUCAACAGAAAAGACAUGGAAGAGUCUGUGCCGUGUUUAUCUAUAGGUGUCCUGGAUAUAUUUGGAUUUGAGAACUUCGUGACAAACAGCUUUGAACAAUUUUGUAUCAACUAUGCUAACGAGCAGCUUCAGUAUUACUGCAAUCAGUAUAUAUUCAAGCUUGAGCAGGAAGAGUACCAAGCGGAGGGUAUCAUUUGGGACACCAUUGCGUACACUGACAACAUUGGUUGCAUACAUCUAAUCAGCAAGAAACCCACUGGUCUCUUCCAUCUUCUCGAUGAGGAGAGCAACCUUCCUCGUGCUACAGAUGCUACGGUACUGGAGAAGUUCAAGCAGCAGCAUCAGGGAAAUGCUUUCUUUGUGCCAACCCAAGUACUGGAGCCCGCUUUUGUCAUCCGGCACUUUGCAGGAAAGGUCAAAUACCAGAUUAAGGACUUCCGGGCAAAGAACACUGAUCACAUGAGGCCAGACAUCGUUGCGCUGCUGCGCAGUAGUGAGUGGGGUUACUUGCGGCAGCUGAUCGGGACGGAUCCGGUGGCCGUAUUUCGGUGGGGUAUCUUGCGAGCCACCAUACGCACCCUUGCUGCCUUCAAUCAGGCUGGUCGGCGCUGGGCUGCGAAACAUCCAGAUAAGGUGAAGCGUUACUCCCGUCGUUCUCUACAGGACCUGAGGAGACCCAGCUCUCAUUUGGAGAGAAUGAAAAGUCAGACCUCUUUGAUCGAAUUCUCCUUCGACCAUUCAGAGGAGUACCCCAUAGAAGUGUUUGAAGAUAUUUUUGCCACUUUUGAAAAUAAGAAGGAAAUGCAUGCAAAAGUCCUCCAAUCCAUUAAGCAGCUAGGUGGUGAGGUGCCACAAAAGCUGCGUCUUUCUACCAUUUCUCUGAGGAAGUCGCGGCUAUUCUUUCAGAAACAGAGGAGUAACAGACACAAACAGAUCAUUCCCAAGAACCUCAUCAGUUCCCGCUCUCUGAAGCUCAUCGCUGAUGUCACCAUGCAUAAUCGCACCACCAGGUCUCUUCUUCAUCCACACAAGAAGAAAAAGCCCCCAAGUAUCAGUGCUCAAUUUCAGGCAUCUCUGAGUAAACUGUUGGACACACUGAGGAAAGCAGAGCCCUUCUUUGUUCGCUGUAUCAGAUCUAAUUCUGAAAAGAGGGAGAUGUAUUUUGAUGAGGAUCUGGUCCAGCGGCAGUUGAGAUACACUGGUAUGCUUGAGACAGUGCAAAUCAGGAGGUCUGGCUAUGGAGCUAAAUACACUUUCAAGGAGUUCACAGAUCAGUUUAGAGUGUUACUGCCAAAACAAAGAACAACUCCCCAAGAGGACAUCACUAACCUUCUGAGGAAAAUGGGCCUGGGAAAAACAAGCUUCCAGAUUGGCAAGACAAAGGUAUUUCUAAAGGAAGUAGAAAGACAGAGACUCCAGGAGACCCUACACAGAGAAGUGAUGAGAGGCAUUAUUACUCUGCAGAGGUGGUUCCGUGCAUGUCUGACCAGGAAGCAUUACCUGUGCAAGAGAGAAGCUGCUAUAGUCAUACAGCGCGCUUGGCGUGGUUUCCACAAUGAGAAGUGCUACAGAGCUGCCACUCUGAUCCAGAAAGUGUGGCGAGAGUCUCACCAGAGGGCAGAGUAUCUGCGACAGAGAGAGAGUUUAAAGAAGAUGCAAAGGCUAGUGAGGGGCAAAACACCAGACCAGAGGAGACCUCAGUCCUUUUCAGGAAAGGUGCAGGUAGCAAUUGAGAACAAGAAUGGUGACUCAUCAUCAGACAUAGAUCAGGAGAAACAGGAUGGAGGAGACAAGCCCAAGAAGCACCACACAACGGAGAGUGAGGAGAAGAAAGAACUUAGACACCAGUUUAGCCAUGAGAGCAAGCAGCAGGACAACAGACACAUAGUCUCUGAAUCUACCGAGGAGCCUGCACCAAAAGUCAAUGGUGAAGACCAAGUCAGUACCAAAGCAAAAGAUGAACAGAACCUGAAAGAUACAGAGGGGAAAGAACAAGAGGGCAGCAAACCUUGUUCUUCACCUUUGAUUCGUCCUUUUUCUGUCCCUCUGGACACCAGUCCUGAGGGUGGCUACAGCACAGGAUCUCUGCAGCGUUACAUGAAGACAUCUACCAUGCGACAGAAGGCAGAAAGAUGGAGGGAGAGAAGGUCAGAGGGAGCGUUCUUAGAUAGAGGCAGCCCUGUGAUCCAACGUCCAACAGACCUGAGACUGAAAGAUCUACAGAAGCAUGGAUUUUCCAUCUCCCUAGAUAACGUGUCCAAGCUGAGCUCCUCAGAAUCUGACAGUUCUUCUGCGUCACCAUCUUCAUCUGAGGUACGCCAACAGCCAGAUGGAUGCCUCAGCCCUCCAAAAAGUCCAGGUGAAAGUAGUCGUGUACAACAACCCCCCCCAGAGAGAAUUGGAUUCUUAAGCAAGAUUCUGAAAAGGCGCGUGAGCCCGCAGGUUGGAAACGUUACCAUGGCAAAGACACUGACUGAAAAAGGAGAGCAAGCUGCUGCUACUCGUUCCUACCACUCAUCGACGCUGCCUGUCCGUGUCCAGCGCAAUCCCACCAUCAAAAUUAGCCGUGCAACGCGUUGCAAAGAGCAGUGGAAUUCCUCGCUAGAGCGUGAGAUCACAGACGCCAACGAACUCCGGCAUUUGGACGAGUUCCUGGGCAAUCAGAUGAAUGAACUACGCACCCGAAUGAAAGAGCUGUCUGAGACAGAGUGCAUCUUCUUUUCUGCCACCACGGAGUUCAGAAAUGACAUCAAAGGAAUGUACUCUCUUCCCAAACUUCACAUCGGGUAUAAAGAUCUGAUGAAUGGCUACAAGAGCAAGGUGUCUACUCAGGCCAAACAAAAAAAGAAAACAGAAGUCCAGCUGGUGGUGAAUCUGUUCCAGUCUGUUCUGGAUGGAUUUAUCCGUGGAGAGAUCAAGAGAGAGGAGGCAGAGCCAUUGAAGCCAGCCAAAAAGAAUAAGAGGAGACGAAAGCAAGAUCUCUGUGCUGACAGCCCACUUGAUCAUUUAUUUAGCACAUACCAGGUGAACAUUGUACAGUCAUGUGACCUCUGUGGCUCAUUCAUCUGGGGUAUGGAGAAAGCCUGCAUGUGCAGUUCUUGUAAGAUGGUGUGUCACAAAAAGUGCCUUGGAAAGAUAAUCACAGAUUGCUCCACACGCUGUGCCAUGAAGAGUGAGGACCAUCCUGGUACUCUACACUUUGGUGUGUCUGUCAGUGCUCUCAGCAGCAAAUCCAAUCCUGUGCCCAUGGUCUUAGAGAUGAUGCUGGAAUAUGUGGAGAUGAACGGGCUUUACACAGAAGGCAUCUACCGCAAAUCAGGCUCCGCCUGUCGAGCCAGAGAGUUACAUCAGAUACUAGAGACUGAUCCCGAAAAGGCUCAUCUUGAAAACUAUCCAAUACACACCAUCACAGGCCUGAUCAAACGUUGGUUACGAGAGCUACCUGACCCUCUCAUGACCUACAACCUUUACAGUGACUUUCUGUGUGCUGUUGAAUUGCCGGAGGAGGCAGAGAGGCUUCGUGCCAUAUACAAAAAGUUGGAAGAACUUCCUCUCCCAAACUUUAGCACCCUCGAAAGACUUGUUUUUCAUCUUGUCAGAGUAGCCAAAGAGGAGGCCAACAACCGAAUGUCAGCUAACGCUCUUGCCAUUGUUUUUGCACCCUGCAUUCUGCGCUCUCCUGAUGCCUCAGACCCUCUGAGUAGCAUCAGGGAUGUGUCCAAGACAACCAUGUGUAUAGAGAUUAUCAUAAAUGAACAGACCAGACGAUACAAUGAUAAGAUGGAGGAAAUCCAACAGCUGGAGCACGCACACACCCUGGCUGUCAAUCAGCUCAAGCUCAGGAGGCAAAACACGGUCUUUGAGAAACCAACAUCAGAAUUAGACCCUGCUCUGGAAACAGAAAACCUUCUCAUUGAGAGAAUCAAAUCCAUUAGGCAGGAAAAGGACAAUCUGGCCUGUAGACUGCCUGAACUGGACCAAGAUACCUCAGACAAUGAGAAUAUGGAUUCUGAGUCAUCAGUGAGCUCAGACAGCCUACUGGAGGAUCAGUUCACAAGUUUGGAGUCCGAAGGGCCCCUUUACACUGAUGUUAAGAGUCAGAUGCCAGACAGUCCUUGUAAAGGUCCUGAUCAGGCGCAGUCACCAUAUUCCCAGAAGCAGCCUGCCGAGAGAGUACAACAAAGGCAGCCAACAGGUCGCAAAGCGGGCAACCAAUCAAUGUCCCUCAUCCAGGAGGAAGAGGACCACCGGGAUCCCAGCAGCCAACAGCAGAAGCCCAAAAGCAACAGAAGUUUGUCUGAUCUUGACAUCCCUUUCAUAGAUGAAGAUAUCUAACAUAAAAGUGGAAUCAAAGGAUAAUAUAUGUGGAAACAUCAUAAUUACUGUUACUUAUUGUUACUGUACAUACUUUCAACUAAUCUCUCAACUGUGAAUUGAUGUACUACCACCAGAGUCAGAAUUAACUCAUUCCAACACAGAACUUGUUUUGCUUGUUUCCUUUUUUUUUUUUGCCUGACCGAAGCCACUGUGGAAGUAGAUCUCUUAAUUAUCGGUGGUGACUUCUUUAGAUCACUCAGCAUCAUUACUGUGCCUCUUAUUUAAACAAAACACAACCGUUGGAGGUCAGAGCUCAAAGAUGUCAAUGAGCAGUCUUUCUAGCAGUUCAGUGUCACUGAACCUAGCUGUACAAUUGUAAUUGUAUAUAACUAUGUUUUUUGUUUUUUCUUUUACAAUUUUAUCAUUCGUUUAUGUUACCAUGAUAGUAUAUCUAUGGACUGUUUGAAAUUAACAUGUGCUAAUAUAGCAUCGUUAUUCCUAAUUCCUUACUGACCUUUUCCUGACAAAUAGAAAGAGAGACUUCCAAGAGAGUGUCGUGAUAAUGUAUUUUGAGGAUACUGAGUGUGUUAUACUUCUUUAAGAGUUGAAAAACAGAAAAAAUUACUACUGCUGAUGACUACAAGCUUAUUGCACUGCAUAGAAAUAACAGUAAAUAAAUACUGUGCUGUCAUGCAAAAAGAGCAGUAUAAAUUUGAAGAUAACUUAUUAGUUCCUUUAACAGCAAAUUAUAACCUCACGUUACAUAUACUUUGAUGGAGUCUGGGACAUCUGCUGUCUUCUGAGAUGGAAACACUUGUGUCUGCUUCAAAACACUUCAGAACAGGCAGACGGAAAGUUGAAAUUUGGGAGGGUUCUGCUGAUGUACAUGUUUAUAUUGCAUGGAAUUUCAGCAAACAUUAGGUUAAAGAAUGUGAGACUGAUAUAAAACACAUGAUGUAUUUCUUUUUGUUAUAAAUCAGGCCACAUAGUUCCCAUAGCUUUGCACCAUUAGCAGAUUCCAAGAAACUGUCAUUGCUGAUGUGUAGCUGAUAGAUUUCAUCUACACUGUUCACUGAGAAUUUUAGCGCCCUAGUUUUACUUGACAUAACUUACUAAUAUUUUAACAUGAUUUUUUUUCUGUUGGAAAACUUGUACAUCAAUAAGAAUUGAAAUUUAUUAUUAUCCUUAUGUUCUACAACAGUUGUCAUAAAUUUCUCAUAUAGCCUUAUAACUUAUCAAGUGAAUGAGCGUGCAGGUGUUUGUUUGUAAAGUUGUUUGGGCUCGGUUUGUUUGUUUUCUAAAGAAUUUCUGUAUAUUGAGGAUAUCAUGCUAGUGUCAUUAUCACCUGUUGCAUGAUGUGUGAAUAAAUACAUUGAACUUUUA